AGCCAGCCCCAACUUCCAACUACUGCAACCUGAAGGAGGAGGCUACCUUAUCACUUUCCCUUGUCAUCUCUACUAGCUUGUAGCCAUGACAGUGGAAAACAGAGUGGCCAUUCUUCUGUGCAUGGUGGUGCUGCAUCGUUUGGUCAUCCAAGCCCAGGGUAGGAUUUCUCUGGCUCCCACUGCCCAACCGGGAAAUUCUCUCGGCCCAACUCCUCAGCCGAUCAAAUUCCCCAUGUAUGGAGCCACACCAGGGAGCCUCCAACCUCAAGAAUGCUCGGGCCGCUGCGCCGGUCGGUGCUCCGCCACCGCCUACAAGAAGCCCUGCAUGUUCUUCUGCCAGAAGUGCUGCGCCAAGUGCCUCUGCGUGCCGCCCGGGACGUAUGGCAACAAGCAAGUCUGCCCCUGCUACGACAACUGGAAGACGAAGAGAGGCGGUCCCAAGUGCCCCUGAGAUGACAUGCCCGAAUGCUGUGCACCCACUGCUUCUGAGUCUGUAUGUGCUUUGCAUACCUCCGUGGGUAAUAAAGGUGGCUUUGAGACUGACGAGUGUUCAUGCAACAGUACUUCGACGAGGAGACCUCCACCAUGAACUUCUCAUCCAGUUAAUCUUGCUUAUGAACUGAUAUUUGAUCCUACUAGGAAACAAGUUUCGGUGAUGUGA